UCUUUUGGGGAACAUGCCUAAUACUAUUGGUGCUAUUGAUUGUACUCAUGUGCACAUUCAAGUGCCUCAUGAGAGGGAGUGGCAGUAUGUGAACCAAAAAGGGAGGCACAGCAUCAAUGUCCAACUUGUGGCCAACGCUGACCUCAUCAUCACAAACUGUGUUGUCAAGUGGCCAGGGUCUGUCCAUGAUGCACGUAUCCUGAGGGAGAGCGCACUAUACAGAAAGCUCCAGUCCAACCGACCAAAUGGCAUAAUAUUGGGAGACAGUGCUUAUCCACUCCUACCAUGGCUGAUGACCCCUUUUCCAGUUGCAAACACACCUGAGCAGGCAGGCUUCAACUCUGCACAUUGCAAAACAAGAUGCACAAUUGAGAGCUUAAAUGGAGUCCUGAAGAGGCGCUUUGCAUGCCUUAACUACUUGAAGGUGGAACCCAAGGUGGCAUGCAAUAUAAUACUAGCCUGUAUUGUCUUGCAUAACAUUGCCACCAGGCGUAAUGUUCCUCUUGAUGACAUAUAUGAUGGACCUGAGCCUGAUGAAGUGCAACCAGAGCAACCUCCAAUGUUUGCUCCAAAUGAGGGCCAGACUGGACGUGUGAUCAGGGAUGCAAUUGUACGACAUUACUUCUGA